UUAUUUUAUUGGCUUGAUUAAGAUAAUUAGACGUUAUUAAUUAUCUAUCUCACUGUUAUUAUCACUGUUAGAUCAUGAAAAGAUAAGUCUUUUUCAUAGUGAUAUAUUGGACUGUUCUUGACUUGGUUUUAUUAUUAACACCAGCUGGGAAAUAUUAUGCAAUGUUCUUAGAUUACAACUUUUCUUUUCAUGGCAUUUCACAGCAUCCUCUUGCUCUUCCUGGUCGCUGCCUGUUCAUUUUCAGUCUCCAACGGCAAGCUUUCGCCGGAUUAUUACUCACGUACAUGCCCGAAAGCGUUGUCUGUAGUUGAAGCUGGAGUUAAAAAGGCAAUAAAAAAUGAGACUCGCAUAGGAGCAUCUUUACUGAGAUUGCAUUUUCAUGACUGCUUUGUCAAUGGCUGCGAUGGGUCGAUCUUGUUGGAUGAUAAUGCGACCUUCAUUGGAGAGAAAACAGCAGCUCCUAAUAAUAACUCAGUCAGAGGAUUUAAUGUCAUUGAUGACAUUAAAUCUAAGUUAGAAAAAGCUUGUCCUGGUGUUGUUUCCUGCGCUGAUAUUGUUGCCCUCGCAGCUCGAGACUCGGCUGUUUAUUUAGGGGGUCCUUCUUGGAAAGUUGGUCUGGGAAGAAAAGAUUCACUAACUGCAAGCAGAGCACUUGCAAAUACAUCUAUCCCUCCACCGACUUCUAAUUUAAGUGCACUUAUAACUAGCUUCUCUGCACAAGGUCUUUCUUUAAGAGACAUGGUGGCUCUAUCAGGUUCACACACCAUAGGGCUUGCCAGGUGCACAUCGUAUCGAGGGCACAUCUACAACGAUUCUAAUAUUGAUCCAUCUUUUGCAAAGUCAUUGCAGCAGAUUUGCCCUAGAAGUGGGAAGGAUAAUGUACUCGCACCCCUCGAUCGCCAAACUCCAACUCGUUUUGAUAAUCUGUACUAUAAGAACCUGUUGAACAAGAAAGGUCUUCUCCAUUCAGACCAAGAACUCUUCAAUGGAAGAUCUGCUGAUUCUCUGGUUAGAAAAUAUGCGAGUAAACCAUUCACAUUCUUCAAAGAUUUUGCCCAAGCUAUGGUCAAGAUGAGUAAUAUUAAGCCCCUUACUGGAAGCCAUGGACAGGUAAGAAAAAAUUGCAGAAGAGUAAAUUGAAAAUCCGUCGUGGCUUAUGUAAUUGGGGAUUAGAAGUAUGAAUAGCAUCACUAAAGAUUAUAUUCAGCAAUGUACGAAUAUGGGAAUGAAAAAACUGCAAUAUUAGUGUAUUUGAAGACUUCAUUCUCCAAAAUUA